GAGCAUGAGCAUGCACACACAUUUGAAUCAAAAUCAAGUAGCAUCCCAAAACCACAGGUGCAGCUUCCUCCUAGAGGCUAUUCCAGGAUGUCUCGUCCUCAAGCCAUGUGCAUCUUUCUCGGCAUCACCGUGCUAGCUGCCCUUGUCCUUGCAUCCGAGGGUCGCAUUUCUCGGAAGGACCUAGGCAUCGACAUUGGUGGUAGUGGAAGUGGAGGCAUUGGGAUUGGGACUGGGAUUAGUAUUGGCAUAGGUGGUGGUGUCAGUGGCUCCGGCUCGGCAUCCGGGUCAGGAUCAGGCUCGGGCUCGGCGUCCGGGUCAGGAUCAGGCUCAGGCUCGGCCGCAGGUUCCGGGUCCGGAGCUGCUUCAGGUGCAGGCUCAUCAGCGGGAUCCGGUGCAGGCUCUGGAGCAGGAUCGUAUGCUGGCUCCGGUGCAGGAUCAGGUGCUGGCUCUGGUGCGGGAUCAGGGUCUGGUUAUAGCCAAGGGCAAGGUGCAGGCCAAGGAUCCGGGUCCGGUGAAGGUCAUGGCUCGGGCCAUGGACAAGGUUCAGGGUACGGUGAAGGCCAUGGUCAAGGAAGUGGCUCCGGUCAAGGAUCGGGCUACGGCUCUGGUCACGGCCAGGGCUCCGGCCAAGGAUCCGGAUCCGGCUAUGGCGAGGGCUAUGGCUCGGGUCAUGGGGUAGGCCAAGGAUCAGGAUAUGGUGAAGGAUACGGCGAGGGUUCAGGAAGAGGAUAUGGAGAUGGUUUAGGCUCGGGCUACGGCGAGGGACACGGAUAUGAGUACGGUUCUGGACAUGGCAAAUAAGACGAUGAGCAAUCGUUUGCAUUGCCAAACAGUGUGUUUGCUGUUCUCUGUGACUGUGUGUGUCCGUAAAAUAAAUCUGUGUGAUGAAUGAAUUAUAUGGUUGUAAAAACCAUGCGUGCUCACUGUAAUAACCAUCCAAGGCUUGAUGAGUUGAUGCUAAGCGAACUCCGAGUCUCCAAUCAAAAACGUACUUCUGCUGCAGGCGCA